CAGUCAUGCGCACUGACACACAGGAAGUCAGCCUUACAUUUCGCGCGAAACGGCGUGAUCAAAACAAAAACAUAGAACUAGAGUCAGCAUGCCUAAAAGAAGGAACCCAUUCGGUGACUGUUCUCCACUCCAGCUAAAAACACACGUUGGACAGAAGGAACUUAGUGAUGGUGUUUCCGGUAAAGAAAAACUCAAAGCAGUUUACGAGAAGACACGACAGAUUCUGUUUAAUGGAGCAUUGAAGAGCAAGACGAACGCCAUGGUUACUGAUGGUAAUGAUAACAACAUUACAUUUCCUAGCCUGAGCCCUCCACAGACUGUCCCUACCAUGACUCUUCCAGGUCAGAUGUGUCUGACCCAGGGAGGGCAGCUUACUAUGACAGCCCCAAUCACACAGGAGCAGAUGGCUGUGGACUCAUGCACAUUCCAGACAGUGCCCAGUGCCAUACUCCCAGGACAGAUGUGUCUUGACCAGACUGGCCAGCUCACUACCCCUGUAUCACAGGAACAAAUGUCAAUAGAUGACCCAUGUCCAGCUCCCCCUAAGUCUUUUGAUUUCUUCAAAUUGAAAGGAAAAGGAAAAUUACCAGGAAAGAAGAACUGCCACUCCAACAAAUCAAAAUGUUGUUUUUGUGAAAAAAUAGUUGAUAAAGACUCGAUCCAACAGUGUUGUGGCUGCCAAGGUGACUUCUGUCAGCUUUGUUCAACAAUCAAUUAUGAUGAAUGUAUGGAGAGGUCAUUUUGUCUGAACUGUAAUCCCUGAAAUCUCCAUAAAGAAAACAUUCAUCUCUGUGUUGGCAGCCUUAUAAUAUUAUUACAGUAUAUGAAGCAUUUGCUGGUCAUCCACAGAAAAAGAUGCAAAGACAAACAAACUAUUGACAACUCCCGCUCUGUACAGACCAAUGGACAAGUAGUUUUUCUGUAUGGAACAGUUUAUCAAUAGAUACACAUGUUGAAAUCUAUAGUGCCCUAAAUGUUGAAGGGUGUCUUAGGCUUUGGCUAGAAAGCAAUUGAUACAUAUUUAAGUUGUUGAACAAUAUCAGAACAAUUAUCGUAAUUAACGAUUUACUGAUUGUUUGGGUUUUUUCGUGAUUGCUUAUUCAGUGUAAAAAAAUUGAAGUUCUAAGCAAUAUUUUGAGAUCUAGUGCAAUCCUCAGCGAGAAAAUGAAGUGAAUCAAGAAAUACAACUGCUUUUGGGAAAGUAAUGAAUUGAUGUCGGUAAUAUAUACAAUCAAGAUGUGUUAACUUUUCCAGGAUUCAAGGAGAACAUCACAAAACUGUGAAGCAGUUGUAUAUUUGAUCAGUAUUUACCAACAGACAUCUCGUACUAUGAAUCUAGUCAUUCAUACCGACUGAGCUGAUUAUCAACAGUUAAUUACCUCUAUAUCCAACUAGACACACAUAUUUGUUCAAUUGUUGUUGAAGCUGAGAAAAUUUAAAAUUCCUGUUUAAUAUGAAGGUAUACAUUUUUAUGUGUAAACAGCAAAUAUAUUGCUGUAAAAAUGAAAUCUAUAUUUACAUUUGUUCAUUAUUGUCAUUUUUGUUGUGUAUACAGUGAGUAGAAGCAAUUAGUUUAAAGGCUUUUCCCCUCAAAAUGAGUUCAAUCAGUUUAUAGAGGCCUACAUGUAUACAUAAGUUGUAUAGUAGCUUUAUGUGUUUGUCAGGUGAUACUUAUGGAAUGUCAUGUAUUCAGGUAUAAUGUAUAUCUAACAGUUUGUUGAUUUCACCAGAAGAUGUCUGUUGAUGCUAUGAGAGAAUUUCAUUAUGAUGAUUAUCACUAGACUGUUGGUUGACCAAUGAAACAAGAGAGACAACUCGUCUCAACUUACCCAGCAUGCACAUGUGUGUCGUUUUCAAUCACAGACAUUACAAAUUGUACUGUAUUUGCCAUGAUAUAUGCUCAACCUGCUAUUAGAACACCUUUUUUAGCCCUUUUUGAAAUGAUGAACCAUAAGCAUAAACUACUAUACACUUUCAAUUCAGUUUCAUGAUUGUAUCGAAACUAACGCUGGUUACAAGUUGAGUCAAUGAGAUGGGUAACUGAUAACUGAUAAUAAUAUAACUAUAAUAGAGUAUUUGACACAAUUAGGAUGGAAAUGUUCCAAUGGACGAAAGGUUCUGUAAAAGUAAAAUGUGGGUAUAGGCUUUUAUUUGGAUGAAUUGCUGUGCAUUACCUGUAUUGAGGACGUGACUUUGUUACAGUCUGUUUUUACUGAUAUAUAUGUAUGUAUGAUUGUAUGAAUUAUUUGUUAUACACUGGUUAAUUGUAAAGCAGUAAUUAAAGGUUCCUAUUUUCUAGUAAA